AUGAAUUGCCAACACGAUGACCCAUUGAACGGCAACGGUGGUGGUGGAAAGUCCAGUCCCUUCCUGAACAGCUACGAAAGUCUGAACAUAUCUAAGAACAGUUCCGCUGAAGAAAUUGCGGAAAAAUACUUAAGGAGUAAAUUGAGCAUGGAUUUUAAAAGCGUUGGCAAGGCAAGUUACGGUACCAGUGGAGGUGCUCACAGGGAUUUUUAUGAGGGCAGAAAUGUAGCGGAAAAGUCCAACAAUGGCAGAACGGCUAAUGGUCAUAGGGGUCAUUUUAACGGAGUGAGUGGCCAGACAAGCUAUCGUAGUAGAGCGAAUAAUUACUCACAUCCCGAACGGAAGGCGAACCCUAACCCGAACUAUGAUAGUCACUUCAAUAACGUGUCGAUCUUUUCCGAGACAGGGAACACGAACAGCGGCGGUGCCGGCAAUCUCCACUUUAAUUACUCUUCUCAGCAAAAUGAUCAGAGCAGAGGGUACACAAAUUCAGUUUCGUUCUCAAAUAAUAUGACCAAUUUUUUUAGCUCCACAAAUUCGGCUAGUCCAACUGAUUUUACACACCUCAGCAAAUUCAAAGAGGAAAAAAAAAGCGGCUACUAUGUGGAAGACGAGUUUUUGAAGUUUGGACAGGGUGCCUCCAAAGCGGUGCCCGACGAUGAUCCCAACAGGGUCAUUCAGAUGAACAGCAUUGAUGAGCUGCUUAAGAAGUAUGGAAGUAGUGGCAUCAACAUGGAGGUCAACAUGGACCUCGAACGCACUACAUGUAGUAACAUACAGCCACAACGCAGAUUUGAAGGAGGUGCUAACCCCAUUUUCCAUCGCCCAAGUGGGAGGAAGAAUAAUGAAGGCACCAAAAUUAGAACCUCCUUCACGAACAAAGCAGAUUAUACAAGUGAAAAUCGCCUGGGAAGGGAGAGCAACAAGAGCUACUACCCCAACCGGAUGAGCAGAUUCGCUCGAGACACCUCCCAGGGUAGUAGUAAAAAAAAAAACUUAAUGCAAAGAAAUAAGGAUUAUGUGCAUUACCUCAGCAACCGAAAUAGCCUCCUCAAAAAUGAAGUGUCGAUUAGGAAAGACUUGGGUAAGAAGAAAGUUCUCCCGAGCAAAAUUGAAAGUACGUACUUGAGGAGAAAAACGAAUAUGGAUGGGAUCAGACGACACGGAUCCCUGUUUAGCUCUGUUCUGAGGGGAUACCAGAGCAGGUGCAACAACGAGAAUGAGCUGAUUAACGACAUUCACAUUUUUAACAACAGCCAUGUGGAGGCUGCUCAGAGUAGGAGCACUUACAGGCGGACCUUAAACAAGGGAAAUCCCAACCAAAUUGAAAGGGGUGAUGGGAAUGGUUUUCCUGGGGGUAAGUCUGCACAUGGUGAUCGCAUUGGCAGUAGCGCCAUUAACAUGAGUUUCCUCAAAUCGACCUUCUCUGAGUCGGGCAACUUUGUAGACUUGCCUGUGAAUGGGGGUACAAAUAGUAGGGGCGUGAAUGGCCCCCUAAAUAGCCUAACAGAGGACAGUUCUGAUUUGGCCUCCCUCGGUAGGAGAAUCCAACCUGGUGAAUUAUUAACGAAUAGUGUUCACAUGGUAGAGAUGCACCCCAGUAAGGAAAACUCCACACAUUACAAUGAUUUAAGUAGCAAGGAAGGAACGUAUGGUGCAUUAUGUAGGGAAGGUGGAGUAAGUGGCAUGGUUAGACACACUACGGUGAGGGGGGAACAGAAUGGGGAGUACUUUCCUUCCCCCGGGGAUGCAUAUCAUGAUAAGGCAAACACCAGUGUGUAUGAAAAGAAGCUACCCCCCACGGGUGAUUAUUUAGUGAGAAGUGGUGAAAAGGUUCCCCUUAGGAAUUGCAAACAGAGCAACAUCCGUAGUGGUAGCGGCGCUAACCAGGGGGGGUUCCUCGGAUACAUCACCCCUAGUACGAUCAGAUCGGAUGGGGAGAAGAAUCUCCUCCACCCUUUGUACUUGUCUGAAAGGAAACUAAGUAGCAUAUUCAACAACAAGGUGGAAAAUAACAAUCUGCUCAGUAGUAAUGCAAGUACAUACAGUGGGGGGAAGAGAGAGGGAACUGUCCCAAACUGUAGUGAGAAAAGAUCAACCCAGGGAAAAAUAACCGACGGGGGUAUGCUAAACGGUGGAACUUAUGAAGACUACUGCAAGUACAUCACGGAGUCGAUCAAUGGAAUACCCAUAACGAUAAAGAAUAUAGAUGUGUUGCUCGCCUUGGCAUUGUACUUUUUAACACAUGAGAUGAAUGGAAACCCCAAGGGGAGUGAACUUCCAGACCAGGUCCUCAUAAAGUUGCUGAACAAGAUUUUGUACUGCUUGAAUCUGAAGACCUGCUUGCUGAAGGAUAACCUGGGGGGCAAACUCGGGGACAGCAACAAGUACUACUAUAUACAGAUCAGGAAAAAUGAAAAGUCCGCACCUGAGGGGGGUCAGGAUGAAGAAAAGGACUAUAUAAAGGGAAACUCCCCUGAAAGGGCGGUGAAGACAACCCCUACAGAUGACAGUACUAAAAAGAAGGAAUCUUCUGACCCCCCCAACCAUGUGAACUUCUUCACCUUCUACAAUAAGCGAAUCGUGUUAGAAAGGAAGGACCAAGUGGGCACCACAGAUGAGAAUCCCACAGGACCCCUCCCCAACCAAAGUCACUUCUGUCAGGAUAAAAUAUUAAAAAUAGCUUGGUGUCUAUGUGUUCUGAAAAAGAAUACGCAGUACGUGGAUUUGUUGCGUAUCCUCUACAAGGAAGUGGAAUGCAUGAGCGUAUCCAAUGAAUUGAUCUUCUGCGUGAGUUACCUUUUUAAGUAUUGCAACAUAAUCCACGUGGAAGAGUGUAAAUCUGAGUUGGCCAACCAUGUUCAUCUACCAUUAGAACAAAGCAGUAAUGAGAACCUGUGCAUGUAUCUGCAUCUACUUCACAUUUGCAGUGCAUAUGACAAGAGCUUCUUAACCCACAGUCAUAGGAAGAACAUCGACCGGAUUGUGGCCUACUUUUACGACAGGGUAGAGCACCUAAACUUGUAUGCUUGUACUAACAUCCUGUGUGCCUUAUCCAACUUAGACGUAAAAAAUGGAGAUUACCCCUACUUCUUUCACAAGACACUAAACUACCUUCGCAGUAACGUUAAGAAGUUAACUAAGUGUGUUCUCUUAGUUCAUAUCCUGUGGUCCUUGUGCUUAAUAGAGGUGUGUUGCACCGAUUUUUUCAAAGACCUGAGUGAAUACAUUAUAAGCAUUUUGCACUUCCUACCUUUGGGGGAGUUCAUUACGAUCUCGUGCUGCUUCAGCUGCCAGAAAAUGCUCACCGUCAGAAAUUACCUUAACAAUGUUAGGAGGACAGGGGAAGGCAAAUCAGAGCAGAGGUGCGGGAUCAACAUUUCGAAUGAGAGUGAAAGGGAGUAUAGAACGUACGAACCUGUGAUCGCCGAGUACUACGCACGCAGGAAGCUCUUCCCCUACUGCUUCUACCGUCGACCGGUUUGUCACGCACUUGUCUUUAAGAUUCUUGCGUAUGGGUUUCUGCAGUAUGAGCAGAGGGAUGGUGGGGAAGCCCUCACCGGGGAGGCGUUUCCCCGUGAGGUGAUUAGAGAUCAUACUGAUCGAAGUGGUACGAGGAGGAAAACCUGCAGGAGCCUCAGCGUGGAGAACAGCAAGGGGGGCUCCUCCGGUGGGCGCGAUUCCAGUGUGCAGAGUAGCUCUCGUUUUAACAGUUCCAGUAUUUGUAGAGCGGGCCCAACUGGCGGCAUCACCACUACAGGUGGUGGUCUCGGUGGAGAACCCCACAACGAGGUGCAGAAAAAUAAGUACCCCAAAAAAAUCAGCGAAAAGAAGAAGAUAAAAGAACACUACAAAAUGUAUGAACAGAGUAACAAGUAUGAGUUUGCGUUGAACUCAUGUGAGAGGAUCCUAUUUGAAAAUCUAAUAGAGGACUGCUGCAACAACUUCGAUGCGUUGAAGUCUAGCCACCUCAUCGAGCUGUUGUUCACUCUAUGCACACUGAACUUGGAUAGAUCGAAAAUCGUUAAAAUAGUUGUAAGAAAAAUUGACUACUCCCUUUUUGAGGAAAACUACGAAAAAGCAAUGAAGAAGAAGAAGAGCAUACAUAAGGACCUCACCGAGGAGGAGAAAAAAAACGAAAAAAACGACCUCAUCUUACUUAACUACAUUUACAACAAAUACGCGGAGGAGGAGAGAAGUCCCUGUUUUGGGAAGAGUGACGUAGACGAGGGGUUCCUUCAAAUGGUAGACAAUAUAUACUUCUGUCGGUAUAUCAAAGACGACUUGUUCCUACGGGUCAUUAGAACAGGCAAAGGGGUAGAAAGAACCACCACAGGGGCAUUUUCCAAGUUGAGGCAUAUUUUAAAUGCAGCAACGGUGAGCAGGGAGAGUCGCGAAAGUAGGGACACCGGGGGAAGAAGCGAUCACGUGGGGAACAUAAACUCGGGGAAGGAACUCACCCCUGCGGAAGGAGAAUACAUGUCUGACUCACACCAGCAUGGCACAGAUACGGUUAACGGAUCGAGGGAAGGAAUAAAAGAGAGACCACACACGGGAGAACACCCCACGGGGAAUGUCUCCAACCAACAGAGGGGCACUACCCCCAAUGGAAAUGGACUGACUGAUAGGUAUCCCCCAGGGGGAAACAUCCAAAUGGAGGAAAAGCAAGUGGACCGCCCCGAUGGAGUUUCUCUUCCGAUUGACGGAGGAGAGUACACACGUGAGGAGGUUCACCGUGUGGGCGAUACACCCAGGCAGCUAAGCAAAUUCAAGGAGGACCUAAAGCACACAUACGACGCUGCCAUUUCUUACUGCAACAAGAGGACCAACAAUCUUGGCAAGGAGACUCCCCUGAGCAACAAUGGUAGUGCAGUAGAUAAGGCACUACAAAGUGGGAACCCGCAACACAAUGAACACUUCUUAAACCACGAAAUAUAUGACCACAUAGUUUCGAAGAGAAAUAUAAAAAAUAUUAUGAACAGAUAUAAGGAGAAGGGAAUGGUUCAGAAGAUAUUCUUCUCACCAUGCCGUGACAGUGCUGCUCAUGUCGGUACCUGCGAACGGGCAAAGGAGAAACACAGCUUCAAUUUUUACAGGACGUUUAUUCUGCUGCUGCAGCUUUCUGCCCUUUCGCUGCUUUCCUUCGUCGUCCUCUUUGUUUACACGUCGCUCAGGUAG